CCCGUGGUUCAUCCCCAAGUGUCUUGCCUCAAUUUCCCGGGGGAAGUCCCGGAAGCCGGGCUUCCUUCCCACCCGGCGGAAGGCUCCGAGGGGAAGCCCGCUGGGCCACUAGAGGGCGCAGAGUGGGCCGCAGAGACCCCAGAGCCGCGUUAUGGCGGCGGCGAGGGUGGUUCUCCUGUCCGGACGGCCGGAGUCGGUGAGCUUCGCGCAGAGCGUGUGUGGCCUCCUGGGCGCCGGGCCGGGGCUCGGGCUGUGGCCCACGUACUGCGGCCUCAAGCGGGGACAACUCGUUCUCUCGGACAGGCCGUUCCCAGGCGCCUCCGCCAGGCUUCCGCUCCAGCAGCCCAGGGCUCCUGGGGCCGAGCUGCCCACGAAUCGAGGUGUGGAUCUGGCUGUGGCGGUCGUUCUGCAGUCCAGCGAUCAGACUGUCUUGCUGACCCGAAGGACACAAACUCUCAACGUUUCCCCCAACCUCUGGGUACCCCCAGGUGGGCACGUGGAACCUGAUGAAGAGCUGCUGGACGGAGGACUUCGAGAGCUUUGGGAGGAGAGUGGACUACAGCUGCCCCAGGGCCAGUUCUCUGGGGUCCCUCUGGGGUUAUGGGAGUCUGCCUACCCUCCUAGGCUGAGCUGGGGUCUCCCCAAAUACCAUCACAUCAUUCUCUAUCUACUUGUCAUUUCCCAGGAGUCACAGCAGCAGCUACAGGCCCGGAUCCAACCAAACCCAAGAGAGGUGAGCGCCCUUAUGUGGCUGGGACCAGAUGUAGCAGCUGCAGUGGCUGCCACAGAGGAUGGGACAGAGACACCCAGACAUCUUCCCCAGGACCUACCGCCUUCUGUCCUUGCGGUGGAACUAGAAGAGAAUGGAGGAGCUCGACCUCUGGUCUUGCCCACGUCCACACUGCUGCGGACGACCCCAGCCACGGCAGAUAGCAAAGAGAGGGUCAGCACUGGGACCAAGUUUGCCCUCAGGCUCUGGCUACAGCAUCUGGGCAGGUAGAGCUGGGAUAGCAGCUGAAGUGACAGGACAGUGCUUCUUCGUCGGGGGCAGGUCCUCCUCGUCUGAUGAGCUUUCUAUUGUCAAGUCAAUAACUUCAACCUUCUUCUUAUUCUCUGAUGGAUUGCCCUCUUGGACUGGGCUAUACUGGAGGCCUGUGGUUGGUAAGAAGACUGUGUCUCAGAGAAGAGGCCAUACAAGACUUAGCUCAACUGGGGGACAGGGGGUCACUCACCAUCCAGCCCAUACCCUGGCGGGGGGCAAACCUCAGAUGCCUCCUUCUUGGGUUUCAUUGGGCACCAGGAUCCAUCUUCCAUGAACUGGAUCUCAUCACAAUCCGAGCAGGAAUUAAGAAUCUCCAUGAAUAAACUAGGGGAGGGGAGAGAUAGGAAUUCAUGUGGCUGGGAGAUGGCUGCAACAGUAGCCAGGGAGUUCUGGGACUCACCUUCCUGAACCUCAGUUUCCUCACCUGUAAAUUAGGGAUGUUAUCCACCCUCCUGACCUCUCUGAGUUGUUGGAAUCAAAUACAGUAAGGUGCAUAAAAGAGCUUUGAAAAUUUUAAA